AUCAAAACACAAACGAAGAGAGAAGUUGACAGGCUUGCCCCAAAUCACAAGAAGCCGGGAUUUUCCGCCACCACCUCGGGGUCUCCAAGGGACGCAGACCGCGGCUCUGCGUCGGCCCAUAGGUGGAGCAGUUUGCGAGGCCUCGCCCGCCGCCGGAACUGCGCGUCUAACCCCGAGCCGGGGCAGCUGCGGGCGGCAGUAGCACCUCCCCAGCCUGCGCGAUGCUACGCGCCCUGCCGCUCCUGCGACCCUGGAGGCCCCUUGGGGCCCGCUGCACCUCCGACGGGGCCGCAGGGGGCCACGAAAUCCAAGUACGCGCCCUGGCGGGUCCCGACCAAGGAAUCACAGAGAUUCUGAUGAACAGACCCCAUGCCCGCAAUGCCCUGGGAAACAUCUUUGUCAGUGAGCUGUUGGAGGCUCUGGCCCAGCUACGGGAGGACCAGCAAGUGCGUGUCCUGCUCUUCAGAAGUGGAGUAAAGGGUGUGUUCUGUGCAGGUGCUGACCUGAAGGAACGGGAGCAGAUGAGUGCGGCAGAGGUGGGGGUCUUUUCCCAGCGACUCCGAGGCCUGAUGAAUGACAUUGCCUUCCCUGCACCCACCAUUGCAGCUAUGGAUGGGUUUGCCUUGGGCGGAGGCCUGGAGCUUGCCCUGGCCUGUGACCUCCGAGUGGCAGCUUCCUCUGCAAUCAUGGGACUGAUUGAGACCACCCGAGGGCUCCUCCCGGGGGCAGGAGGGACUCAGCGGCUGCCCCGCUGCCUGGGAGUGGCCCUGGCGAAGGAGCUCAUCUUCACAGGUCGACGUCUGAGUGGGGUGCAGGCCCACGCACUAGGGCUAGUGAACCACACUGUGGACCAGAACGAGGAAGGCGAUGCCGCCUACCAUCGGGCACUAGCCCUGGCUCAGGAGAUCCUGCCCCAGGCCCCCAUUGCUGUGCGGCUAGGCAAGGUAGCCAUUGACCGAGGAAUGGAGGUGGACAUUGCAUCAGGGAUGGCCAUUGAAGGGAUGUGUUAUGCCCAGAAUAUCCCAACUCAGGACCGGCUGGAGGGCAUGGCAGCCUUCAGGGAGAAAAGGCCUCCAAAGUUUGUUGGCAAAUGACAUUUAACCUUAAGGGAUAUGCAUGCCUUGAGCAAGAUCCAGAUGGAAAGUUUGCAGCAGGACUGCCUCAUCAUUUCACCUCCACAGCCUUCUGUUUCUUCAAGGAUGAUGAUGGACAUAAAAUAGCUAGGGUGGUGCCUGGUAGCAAGGUGCUAAUCACACUGUCUACCGCCACCUUCCUUAUUCCUCACCCUGGCUAUAUAAUCAUUAGGGAAGGAUUUACUGUGGAGAACCUCUAGCUGUCAGUGAUCAGGCACUUACUAGAGACAGCAAGGGGUUGUUAAGAAGCCCCAUGUUUCUUCCUCUGGAGAAGAGAGAAUAAAUAAAUCCUUGUAUUGAUUGAACAUUG